AUGGACGGGCGCAAUUUAGACGGGUCGCGCGGCUCCAGGUCGAAGAACCUGGUCCUCUGUUUCGACGGGACGGCGAACAGAAAGGACAUCCGGACAGGGUUCGGGGAGUUUCACGACGGCGGCUGGUUUUGCUCCUCGGUCGAGAACGUCAAGUCCGAUCUCGACGAGCUGGUAGCCUUCUCGGUCGAUUAUCACGUGAUAGAGGCAUACACGUAUCUGAUGCGGUACUAUGUGGACGGCGACCGGGUCUAUCUGUUUGGCUUCAGCCGCGGAUCUUUCAUUGCCAGGAUACUUGCCGGGAUGAUCGAGCGCAUUGGGCUGCUGAACCAGGGAUUGGAAGUGAUGGUUAGCACUGCCUGGGAGAUCUACAAAAAAUGGGAGCAGCACGGCCAGCCGAUCGGCAGAGAAUGGACAAACUCUAGUGCCAGUGUCUUCAAAAAGACGUUCUGCCGGGAGAAGGUGAUCAUCAAGUUCAUGGGGCUGUGGGAUUCCGUCAACUCGUGCGGGAUCUUUCGAGACAGGCUGUUUCCGUUCACCUCCAUUUCGCACCAUGUUGAACAUAUAAGACAUGCGGUGAGUAUAGACGAGCGAAGAGCGAAGUUCAAGCAGAACCUGUUUCUUCCUCAUUCCUACUUGCCGUCCUUGUUCAACCUCCAGUGCAUUGACCAGGACGCCCAGGAUUCCAGCGUUUACUCAGAUUCCGCCAGCGAGCUCGAUAACCUAUUGCAUCUCGAGCCAGACUACGUUAAUAGAACCCACGCUUAUGCCAAUCGUCCUGCUCCCACGUCUAACGACCUGGUAGAACUGUGGUUUCCUGGCGACCACAGCGAUGUGGGUGGUGGAUGGGCCAACGACAUUGACGGCCAUUCAAUAUCAAAUCUCCCGUUUCGGUGGAUUUUGGCAUCUGCAAUAGAAAUGGGCGUGCUCUUCAAGAAGCACGCUGUAUACGAAUUUGCAACUAAAUUCACUAACUUGGAUAGUUUAUUGUCGUGCAACCAUGAUUGUCUACAAUUGAUAAGAAAUAGCUCGAAGCUUCAUGAUGAGUCAGAAGUCAUUGCAGUACAUCCACCGGCUGUUUCGCACAACAACUCAUUCAAUUCCAGCAUAGUUACUGCUCAGAGCGAGGAUCUCUUCCACCAGCCAGGUAAAAAUGUAUCACAGAUCCCCCCUCACCCGGUGUCUAGAUUUGUUGGCCGAGGAACGGAUACCGUCUUGAAGUGCCUUUUCUGGUGGAUGGUGGAGGUCUUGCCCGUUGGGUAUUUCAUUGAAAACAGAAACGGGAAGUGGAGGAGAAUUUACUACCCGAAUCUGGGACGAACAAGAAACCUUCCCCGAAACGCCAGACUUCAUUGGACUGCUCUAUGGCGGACCAGGCUGGUCAGAGACUACGAACCAAAAAACCUCCCCGAAUUUUACAGGCCGUUGUUCGAUCAGGUCAAGGCGGAGAACGAAGGCAGAAGUCUUAGCGAAGACGAAGACGUGUGCGACUGUCAAGUCCUCACUAACGAGAACUUGAUAGACCGCACAACAGGAGAGAUCAAGCAAGACUGUUUAGUCUGUGAACACAGCAAAAAAACUCGGAUAGAUAUACGCUGGGACGAGUUCCCAGACGAUCUAUCCAAGUGGCUCGAGAAAGACCCCAACUUAUAG